UGAGUCAGAGAUCCUGCACCACGAGAAGCAGUAUGAGCCAUUCUACUCGUCCUUUGUCGCACUGUCCACACACUACAUCACCACGGUCUGUAGCCUCAUUCCCCGGAACCAGCUUCAGUCGGUGGCAGCGGCCUGUAAAGUCCUCAUUGAGUUUUCUCUCCUUCGUCUGGAGAACCCGGACGAGGCAUGUGCCGUGUCCCAGAAACACUUGAUUCUGCUGAUCAAAGGCCUGUGCACUGGCUGUAGCCGACUAGACAGAACGGAAAUUAUCACCUUUACAGCAAUGAUGAAAUCCGCCAAGCUUCCACAGACAGUGACAACGCUUUCAGAUGUGGAAGACCAGAAAGAUCUGGCUUCACCAGUAAGCCCUGAGCUAAGGCAGAAGGAGGUACAGAUGAACUUUUUAAACCAGCUGACCUCAGUUUUUAACCCUAGAACUGUACCAUCUCCUCCCAUUAGUCCACAGGCUCUGGUGGAAGGAGAAAAUGAUGAGCAGCCAUCCACAGAUCAGGCCUCUGCUGUCAAGACCAAGAAUGUGUUCAUCGCUCAGAAUGUCGCUAGCCUUCAAGAGCUUGGUGGUUCAGAGAAGCUACUUCGCGUGUGCCUGAACCUCCCGUAUUUCCUGCGUUACAUCAAUCGGUUCCAGGAUGCGGUGGUAGCCAAUUCCUUCUUCAUCAUGCCUGCAACAGUAGCUGACGCCACUGCUGUUCGAAAUGGUUUUCACUCACUGGUGAUUGAUGUAACCAUGGCCUUGGAUACCCUUUCUCUACCUGUGUUGGAACCCCUUAAUCCUUCUCGUCUGCAAGAUGUGACAGUCCUCAGCCUCAGCUGUCUAUAUGCAGGUGUAAGUGUAGCCACCUGCAUGGCCAUUCUUCAUGUGGGUAGUGCCCAGCAAGUGAGGACAGGAUCCACAAGCUCCAAAGAAGAUGACUAUGAAAGUGAUGCGGCCACGAUUGUUCAGAAAUGUCUUGAGAUCUACGACAUGAUCGGACAGGCAAUCAGCAGCUCCCGCCGUGCUGGUGGUGAGCACUUCCAGAACUUUCAGCUCUUGGGCGCCUGGUGUCUGCUGAACAGCCUCUUCCUCAUACUGAAUCUUAGUCCCACAGCCCUAGCUGACAAGGGGAAAGAGAAGGACCCAUUGGCUGCCCUCCGAGUCAGAGACAUCCUUUCUCGUACGAAAGAGGGAGUAGGCUCUCCAAAGCUGGGGCCUGGCAAAGGGCAUCAGGGGUUUGGGGUACUCUCGGUGAUUCUGGCAAACCAUGCCAUCAAGCUGCUGACAUCUCUCUUUCAAGACCUGCAGGUGGAGGCGCUCCACAAGGGCUGGGAGACAGAUGGUCCCCCUGCAGUCCUGAGCAUUAUGGCCCAGAGCACCUCCACACAAAGGAUCCAACGGCUGAUUGACUCUGUCCCACUGACAAACCUGCUCCUGACUUUACUUUCAACAUCAUACAGAAAGGCAUGUGUCCUGCAGCGGCAGAGGAAGGGCUCCAUGAGCAGUGAUGCCAGCGCCUCCACCGACUCCAACACGUAUUACGAGGAUGACUUCAGUAGCACUGAGGAGGACAGCAGCCAAGAUGAUGACAGUGAGCCUAUUUUGGGGCAGUGGUUUGAGGAGACCAUCUCUCCCAGUAAAGAGAAAGCUGCACCUCCACCUCCUCCACCUCCCCCUCCCCUGGAGAGCUCUCCUCGGGUUAAAAGCCCCAGUAAACAGGCCUCUGGUGAGAAGGGCAACAUCUUGGCCAGUCGCAAAGAUCCUGAGUUGUUCUUAGGUCUGGCUUCCAACAUCCUGAACUUUAUCACAUCGUCCAUGUUGAAUUCUCGGAACAAUUUCAUCCGGAACUAUCUUAGUGUGUCUCUUUCAGAGCACCAUAUGGCCACUCUGGCCAGCAUCAUUAAAGAGGUGGACAAAGAUGGACUCAAAGGGUCAUCAGAUGAGGACUUUGCUGCUGCUCUCUAUCACUUCAACCACUCCCUGGUAACUUCUGACCUACAGUCCCCGAACCUUCAGAAUACACUGCUACAGCAGUUGGGAGUUGCUCCUUUCUCUGAGGGUCCUUGGCCCCUGUACAUUCACCCCCAAGGCCUCUCUGUGCUUUCCCGCCUCCUGCUUAUCUGGCAACAUAAAGCUGGAGCACAAGGUGAUCCUGACGUCCCAGAAUGCCUGAAAGUGUGGGACAGGUUUUUGUCUACAAUGAAGCAGAAUGCACUGCAGGGGGUGGUGCCCAGUGAGACAGAAGACCUGAAUGUCGAGCAUCUGCAGCUGCUCCUCCUCAUCUUCCACAGCUUCUCUGAGAAGGGCCGCAGGGCCAUCUUCACUAUGCUGGUGCAGAGCAUCCAGGAGCUGAGUGUUAACAUGGAGGUGCAGAUGCGCUCCGUGCCGCUAACCCUGGCACGCCUCCUUUUGAUCUUCGACUACCUGCUUCAUCAGUACUCCAAAGCUCCCAUGUACCUGUUUGAGCAGGUGCAACACAACCUGUUGAGCCCCCCUUUUGGGUGGGCAAGUGGAUCCCAAGACAGUAGCAGCCGCCGGGCCAACACUCCACUUUAUCAUGGGUUCAAGGAAGUAGAAGAAAACUGGUCCAAACACCUUUCGUCAGAUGCAGCCCCACAACCCAGGUUCUACUGUGUCCUAUCCCCAGAGGCCUCUGAGGAGGAUUUGCACCGGCUCGAUUCUGUGGCAUGUGAAGUUCUCUUCUCCAAGCUUGUCAAGUAUGAUGAGCUUUACACCUCGCUGACAGCCCUGCUUGCAGCUGGUUCUCAGCUUGAUACAGUCAGGAGGAAGGAAAAUAAGAAUGUGACAGCCCUGGAGGCCUGCGCCCUGCAGUAUUACUUCUUGAUACUCUGGAGGAUCUUGGGGAUUUUGCCACCUUCAAAGACUUACAUGAACCAACUGGCAAUGAACCUACCUGAGAUGAGUGAAUGUGACAUCUUACACACUCUGCGGUGGUCAUCCCGCCUCCGGAUCAGCUCCUAUGUCACCUGGAUAAAGGAUCACCUUAUCAAACAGGGCAUGAAGCCCGAGCAUGCUGGCUCUCUCGUAGAACUGACCUCCACCAAGUGUAACUCGGUGAAAUACGAUGUUGAGAUUGUAGAGGAGUACUUUGCGCGACAGAUCUCAUCAUUCUGCUCCAUCGACUGCACCACCGUCCUGCAGCUCCAUGAGAUCCCUAGUCUGCAGUCCAUCUACACCCUGGACGCAGCUAUCUCAAAGGUCCAGGUCUCUCUGGAUGAGCACUUUUCUAAGAUGGCUGCAGAGACUGAUCCUCACAAGUCAUCUGAGAUCACCAAGAACCUCCUUCCAGCUACGCUGCAACUCAUCGACACCUAUGCCUCGUUCACUAGAGCCUAUUUGCUUCAGAACCUUAACGAAGAGGGAUCCACCACCGAGAAGCCCUCCCAGGAGAAGCUGCAUGGCUUUGCCGCUGUUUUGGCUAUUGGCUCUGGCAGGUGCAAGGCAAACACGCUGGGUCCAACACUGGUGCAGAAUUUGCCAUCAUCAGUGCAGACUGUCUGUGAGUCCUGGAAUAAUAUCAACACCAAUGAGUUUCCCAACAUUGGAUCCUGGCGCAAUGCGUUUGCCAAUGACACCAUCCCAUCUGAGAGUUACAUCAGUGCUGUGCAGGCUGCUCACCUUGGGACUCUUUGUGGCCAGAGUCUGCCCCUGGCGGCUUCCCUGAAACAUACCCUGCUCUCGCUGGUCAGGUUGACUGGGGAUCUGAUUGUGUGGUCGGAUGAGAUGAACCCAGCACAGGUCAUCCGGACUCUGCUACCCCUUCUCUUGGAGUCGAGCACAGAGAGUGUUGCUGAGAUCAGCAGUAACUCUCUGGAGCGCAUCUUGGGACCUGCGGAGUCUGAUGAGUUCCUGGCUCGUGUGUAUGAGAAGCUGAUCACUGGGUGUUACAACAUUCUGCCCAACCAUGCAGAUCCCAACAGUGGGCUGGAUGAGUCGAUCCUGGAGGAAUGUUUGCAGUAUCUGGAAAAGCAGCUGGAGAGCAACCAGGCCCGGAAAGCCAUGGAGGAUUUCUUCUCUGAUGGUGGAGAACUUGUGCAGAUCAUGAUGGCCACAGCCAAUGAGGACCUCUCUGCUAAAUUUUGUAACCGAGUCUUGAAAUUCUUCACCAAACUCUUCCAGCUGACUGAGAAGAGCCCUAACCCAAGCCUCCUUCAUCUCUGUGGCUCUCUUGCCCAGCUGGCCUGUGUGGAGCCUGUGCGCCUGCAGGCCUGGCUCACCCGAAUGACAACAUCACCCCCGAAGGAUUCUGACCAGCUGGAGGUCAUUCAGGAGAACCGGCAGCUGCUGCAGUUGCUGACCACAUACCAAGUUGGAGAAGGUGUGUGUGCUGUGCUUCUGGGCACCCUGACUCCCAUGGCAACAGAGAUGCUGGCGAAUGGCGAUGGUACUGGCUUCCCUGAACUCAUGGUUGUGAUGGCCACUCUGGCCAGUGCUGGACAAGGUGCUGGCCACCUUCAGCUUCACAAUGCUGCUGUGGACUGGCUGGGCAGAUGCAAGAAAUACCUGUCACAGAAGAAUGUGGUUGAGAAACUGAAUGCCAAUGUAAUGCAUGGAAAGCAUGUGAUGGUCUUGGAGUGCACGUGUCAUAUUAUGUCUUACUUGGCUGAUGUCACCAAUGCCCUGAGCCAGAGUAAUGGCCAAGGAUCAAGUCACCUCUCCGUGGAUGGGGAAGAGCGUGCCAUUGAGGUGGACUCAGACUGGGUAGAAGAGUUAGCGGUGGAGGAGGAAGAUUCCCAGGCCGAGGAUUCUGAUGAAGAUUCUCUCUGCAAUAAACUCUGCACCUUCACCAUCACACAGAAGGAAUUUAUGAACCAGCACUGGUACCACUGUCAUACCUGUAAGAUGGUGGAUGGGGUGGGUGUGUGCACAGUAUGUGCGAAGGUAUGCCACAAGGAUCAUGAGAUUUCCUACGCCAAGUAUGGUUCUUUUUUCUGUGACUGUGGAGCCAAGGAAGAUGGCAGCUGCUUGGCAUUGGUGAAGCGAACUCCUAGCAGUGGCAUGAGCUCUACCAUGAAGGAAUCAGCAUUUCAGAGUGAACCUAGGGUUACAGAGAGUUUGGUGCGCCAUGCUAGCACCUCGCCAGCUGACAAGGCCAAGGUCACCAUCAGCGAUGGAAAGGUUACUGAUGAAGAGAAGCCCAAGAAGAGCAGCCUGUGCCGCACAGUUGAGGGGUGCCGUGAGGAGCUGCAGAAUCAGGCCAAUUUCUCCUUCGCUCCUCUCGUGUUAGACAUGCUCAAUUUCCUCAUGGAUGCCAUUCAGACCAACUUUCAGCAGGCUUCAGCUGUGGGGAGCAGCAGCCGGGCACAGCAGGCCCUCAGUGAGCUGCAUACAGUGGACAAGGUUGUGGAGAUGACGGACCAGCUGAUGGUUCCGACCUUAGGCUCACAGGAGGGUGCCUUUGAGAAUGUUCGGAUGAAUUACAGUGGAGACCAGGGCCAGACUAUACGGCAGCUGAUUAGCGCCCAUGUGCUCAGGCGGGUGGCUAUGUGUGUGCUUUCUUCCCCCCAUGGGCGCCGCCAGCAUUUAGCUGUCAGCCACGAAAAAGGCAAGAUCACAGUGCUGCAGCUCUCCGCACUCCUGAAACAAGCGGAUUCCAGCAAGAGGAAGUUGACUCUGACUCGCUUGGCCUCUGCUCCGGUUCCCUUCACAGUGCUGAGUCUUACUGGAAACCCUUGCAAGGAGGACUACCUGGCAGUGUGUGGGCUGAAGGACUGCCACGUGCUCACCUUCAGUAGCUCUGGCUCUGUUUCGGAUCACUUGGUGUUACAUCCCCAGUUGGCGACAGGGAACUUCAUCAUCAAAGCUGUGUGGUUACCUGGAUCACAGACAGAGCUGGCUAUUGUCACUGCAGACUUUGUCAAGAUUUACGACCUAUCUAUUGAUGCCUUGAGUCCAACCUUCUACUUUCUGCUGCCGAGCUCAAAGAUAAGAGAUGUUACCUUCCUUUUCAAUGAAGAAGGCAAGAACAUCAUUGUCAUCAUGUCCUCUGCUGGGUACAUGUACACCCAGCUCAUGGAGGAAGCCAGCAGUGCCCAGCAGGGUCCCUUCUAUGUCACUAAUGUACUGGAAAUAAAUCAUGAGGACCUGAAGGACAGUAACAGCCAGGUGGCGGGUGGCGGUGUGUCUGUGUACUACUCGCACGUGCUGCAGAUGCUUUUCUUCAGCUACAGUCAGGGCAAGUCCUUUGCAGCCACGGUCAGCAGGAGCACUCUGGAGGUGUUGCAGCUCUUCCCCAUCAACAUCAAAAGCUCCAAUGGUGGCAGUAAGACUUCUCCUGCACUUUGCCAGUGGUCUGAGGUGAUGAACCACCCUGGCUUGGUCUGUUGUGUCCAGCAGACUACUGGCGUGCCUCUGGUAGUCAUGGUGAAACCAGACACUUUCCUCAUCCAGGAGAUUAAGACUCUUCCAGCCAAAGCCAAGAUCCAAGACAUGGUUGCCAUUAGGCACACGGCCUGCAAUGAGCAGCAGCGGACGACCAUGAUCCUGCUGUGUGAGGACGGCAGCUUGCGCAUUUACAUGGCCAAUGUGGAGAACACCUCUUACUGGCUCCAGCCCUCCCUACAGCCCAGCAGUGUCAUCAGCAUCAUGAAGCCUGUGCGAAAGCGCAAAACAGCUACGAUCACAGCCCGCACAUCCAGCCAGGUGACCUUCCCCAUCGACUUUUUUGAACACAACCAGCAGCUGACAGAUGUGGAGUUUGGUGGUAAUGACCUCCUGCAAGUCUACAAUGCACAACAGAUAAAGCACAGGCUGAACUCCACUGGCAUGUACGUGGCGAACACCAAGCCUGGUGGCUUCACCAUUGAGAUUAGUAACAACAGCAGCACUAUGGUGAUGACAGGCAUGCGGAUCCAGAUUGGGACCCAGGCAAUUGAACGGGCCCCAUCAUACAUCGAGAUCUUUGGCAGAACCAUGCAGCUUAAUCUGAGCCGUUCCCGCUGGUUUGACUUCCCCUUCACUAGAGAAGAAGCCCUGCAGGCUGACAAGAAGCUGAACCUCUUCAUCGGUGCCUCGGUGGAUCCAGCAGGAGUCACCAUGAUUGAUGCUGUAAAAAUUUACGGCAAGACUAAGGAGCAGUUUGGCUGGCCUGAUGAGCCGCCAGAAGAAUUCCCUUCUGCUUCUGUCAGCAACAUCUGCCCUUCCAACCUGAAUCAGACCAAUGGCACUGGGGAGAGUGACUCAGCCGCUCCAACUACGACCAGUGGCACUGUCCUGGAGAGUUCUGAAACUGAGUCCCUAACCAAGCUGGACCGGCUGGUCGUGAGUUCUUUGGAAGCCUUGGAAAGCUGCUUUGCUGUUGGCCCGAUCAUUGAGAAGGAGAGAAACAAGCAUGCAGCCCAGGAGCUGGCCACUUUGCUGCUCUCCCUGCCAGCACCUGCCAGUGUGCAACAGCAGUCAAAGAGCCUCCUGGCCAGCCUGCACACCAGCCGCUCAGCCUACCAUAGCCACAAGGACCAGGCCUUGCUGAGCAAAGCUGUGCAGUGUCUCAACACAUCCAGCAAAGAAGGCAAGGACUUAGACCCUGAGGUGUUCCAGCGACUAGUGAUCACAGCUCGCUCAAUUGCCAUCAUGCGUCCUAACAACCUUGUGCACUUUACGGAGUCAAAGCUGCCCCAGAUGGAAACAGACUGUUUUUUCCCCAGAUGUGCCUGCUGGAAUCUAGGGAUAGUUGGCAUAUUGAUUGGGGCCCCAGUUGAAACUCCCUCCGCAGAAGGAGCGGAUGAGGGGAAAGAACCACAGAAGCAGGUGGAAGGAGACAGCUGUAGUUUCAUCACUCAGCUUGUGAACCACUUCUGGAAACUCCAUGCCUCUAAGCCCAAGAAUGCCUUCCUGGCACCUGCCUGCCUGCCAGGCCUCACUCAUAUUGAAGCUACUGUUAAUGCAUUGGUAGACAUUAUCCAUGGUUAUUGUACCUGCGAGCUGGACUGUAUCAACACAGCAUCCAAGAUCUACAUGCAGAUGCUGUUGUGUCCUGACCCUGCUGUGAGCUUCUCCUGCAAACAAGCUCUAAUUCGAGUCUUAAGGCCCAGGAACAAACGGAGACAUGUGACAUUGCCCUCCUCCCCUCGAAGCAACACUCCAAUGGGAGACAAGGAUGAUGAUGAUGACGAUGAUGCUGAUGAAAAAAUGCAGUCAUCAGGCAUCCCCGAUGGUGGUCACAUCCGUCAGGAAAGCCAGGAACAGAGUGAGGUGGACCAUGGAGAUUUUGAGAUGGUGUCUGAGUCGAUGGUCCUGGAAACAGCUGAAAAUGUCAACAAUGGCAACCCCUCGCCCCUGGAGGCCCUGUUGGCAGGUGCCGAGGGAUUUCCUCCCAUGCUGGACAUCCCACCUGAUGCAGAUGACGAGACCAUGGUUGAACUAGCCAUUGCCUUGAGCCUGCAGCAGGACCAGCAAGGCAGCAGCAGCAGUGCCCUGGGCCUGCAGAGCCUGGGACUGUCCGGCCAGGCACCCAGCUCUUCCUCUCUGGACGCAGGAACCCUCUCUGACACCACAGCAUCAGCUCCAGCCUCAGACGAUGAGGGCAGCACUGCGGCGACUGAUGGCUCCACCCUGCGGACCUCGCCCGCUGACCAUGGUGGGAGUGUGGGCUCAGAGAGCGGGGGAAGUGCAGUGGACUCUGUGGCUGGCGAGCACAGUGUGUCUGGCCGGAGCAGUGCGUAUGGUGAUGCCACAGCUGAGGGGCACCCAGCUGGACCAGGGAGUGUCAGCUCAAGCACAGGGGCCAUCAGCACCACCACCGGGCACCAGGAGGGAGACGGCUCUGAGGGAGAAGGUGAAGGGGAAGCUGAAGGAGAUGUACACACUAGCAACAGGCUACACAUGGUCCGUCUGAUGCUGUUGGAGAGAUUACUGCAGACACUGCCGCAGUUACGAAGCGUUGGAGGUGUCCGAGCCAUCCCAUACAUGCAGGUCAUUCUGAUGCUCACAACAGAUCUGGAUGGAGAAGAUGAGAAAGACAAGGGGGCCCUGGAUAACUUGCUCUCCCAGCUCAUUGCUGAGCUUGGCAUGGACAAAAAGGAUGUCUCCAAGAAAAAUGAGCGCAGUGCCUUGAAUGAAGUUCAUUUGGUAGUAAUGAGACUCCUGAGUGUCUUCAUGUCCCGCACCAAGUCCGGAUCUAAGUCUUCCAUCUGUGAGUCUUCUUCCCUCAUCUCCAGUGCCACAGCAGCAGCCCUGCUGAGCUCAGGGGCUGUGGACUAUUGUCUCCAUGUUCUCAAGUCUCUGCUAGAAUACUGGAAGAGCCAGCAGAAUGAUGAGGAGCCCGUGGCUACCAGCCAGUUGCUUAAACCACACACGACAUCAUCCCCACCAGAUAUGAGCCCAUUCUUUCUCCGCCAGUAUGUGAAGGGUCAUGCUGCUGAUGUGUUUGAAGCCUAUACCCAGCUGCUCACUGAAAUGGUCCUGAGGCUCCCCUACCAAAUCAAAAAGAUUGCAGACACCAGCUCUCGCAUCCCUCCUCCUGUCUUUGAUCACUCCUGGUUCUACUUUCUCUCUGAGUACCUAAUGAUCCAGCAGACCCCUUUUGUGCGCCGUCAAGUCCGAAAACUUCUGCUCUUCAUCUGUGGAUCAAAGGAGAAGUAUCGACAGCUCCGAGAUCUGCACACCCUGGACUCCCAUGUGCGUGGGAUCAAGAAACUGCUGGAAGAGCAGGGCAUCUUCCUCCGGGCCAGUGUGGUUACAGCCAGUUCUGGCUCCGCUUUGCAGUAUGACACGCUCAUCAGCCUGAUGGAGCAUCUGAAGGCCUGUGCAGAGAUUGCUGCCCAGCGAACCAUCAACUGGCAGAAGUUCUGCAUCAAAGAUGACUCUGUCCUGUACUUCCUCCUGCAAGUGAGUUUCCUGGUGGACGAGGGGGUGUCCCCCGUGCUGCUGCAGCUGCUCUCCUGUGCCCUGUGUGGCAGCAAAGUCCUCGCAGCCCUGGCAGCCUCCACGGGGUCCUCCAGUGUGGCUUCCUCCUCAGCCCCUGCUGCGGCCAGUUCUGGACAAGCCACAACUCAGUCCAAAUCUUCCACCAAAAAGAGCAAGAAAGAAGAAAAGGAAAAAGAGAAAGAAGGUGAGAGCUCAGGCAGCCAGGAGGACCAGCUGUGCACUGCUCUGGUGAAUCAGCUGAACAGAUUUGCAGACAAGGAGACUCUGAUCCAGUUUCUGCGCUGUUUCCUAUUGGAGUCCAACUCUUCCUCAGUGCGCUGGCAGGCCCAUUGCCUGACCCUGCACAUCUACAGAAACUCCAACAAGGCUCAGCAGGAGCUCUUGCUAGAUCUUAUGUGGUCUAUCUGGCCAGAACUCCCAGCAUACGGUCGGAAGGCUGCCCAGUUUGUGGAUCUACUGGGUUAUUUCUCCCUGAAAACUGCACAGACAGAGAAGAAGUUGAAGGAGUAUUCACAAAAGGCUGUCGAGAUUCUGAGGACUCAAAACCACAUUCUCACCAACCAUCCCAACUCCAAUAUUUACAACACCUUGUCUGGCUUAGUGGAGUUUGAUGGCUAUUACCUGGAGAGUGACCCCUGCCUGGUGUGUAAUAAUCCCGAGGUGCCAUUUUGUUAUAUCAAGCUAUCAUCCAUUAAAGUGGACACACGGUACACCACCACCCAGCAAGUUGUAAAGCUCAUUGGCAGUCACACCAUCAGCAAGGUGACAGUGAAAAUUGGGGACCUGAAGCGGACCAAGAUGGUGCGGACUAUCAACCUGUACUACAACAACCGAACUGUGCAGGCCAUUGUGGAGUUGAAAAACAAGCCAGCUCGCUGGCACAAAGCCAAGAAAGUUCAGCUGACGCCUGGACAGACGGAAGUCAAGAUUGACCUGCCUCUGCCCAUUGUGGCUUCUAACCUGAUGAUUGAGUUUGCAGACUUCUAUGAGAACUACCAGGCCUCCACAGAGACCCUUCAGUGUCCUCGCUGCAGUGCCUCUGUUCCUGCCAACCCAGGCGUCUGUGGCAAUUGUGGGGAGAAUGUUUACCAGUGUCACAAGUGCAGGUCCAUCAACUAUGAUGAAAAGGAUCCCUUCCUCUGCAAUGCCUGUGGCUUCUGUAAAUACGCCCGCUUUGACUUCAUGCUUUAUGCCAAGCCUUGCUGCGCAGUGGAUCCCAUCGAGAAUGAAGAAGACCGAAAGAAGGCCGUUUCCAACAUCAACACACUUCUAGACAAAGCUGACCGUGUGUACCAUCAGCUCAUGGGACAUCGGCCACAGCUCGAGAACCUGCUCUGCAAAGUGAACGAAGCAGCUCCAGAAAAGCCACAGGAAGACUCCGGAACAACGGGGGGUAUCAGCUCCACUUCAGCCAGUGUGAAUCGCUAUAUCCUGCAGCUGGCUCAGGAGUACUGUGGAGACUGCAAGAACUCAUUUGAUGAGCUCUCCAAAAUCAUCCAGAAAGUUUUUGCUUCACGUAAAGAGCUGUUAGAAUAUGAUCUACAGCAAAGGGAAGCAGCCACAAAGUCAUCCCGAACAUCCGUGCAGCCCACAUUCACUGCCAGCCAGUACCGUGCGCUGUCUGUCUUAGGCUGUGGCCACACCUCCUCCACCAAGUGCUAUGGCUGUGCCUCAGCUGUCACAGAGCAUUGUAUCACACUACUGAGGGCCCUGGCCACCAAUCCAGCUCUGAGGCACAUCCUCGUCUCCCAGGGCCUCAUCCGAGAGCUCUUUGAUUACAACCUCCGAAGAGGGGCUGCAGCCAUUCGUGAGGAGGUCCGCCAGCUCAUGUGCCUCCUGACCAGAGAUAACCCAGAGGCCACCCAGCAAAUGAACGACCUGAUCAUUGGCAAAGUCUCCACAGCCCUGAAGGGCCACUGGGCCAAUCCUGACCUGGCAAGCAGCCUUCAGUAUGAGAUGCUGCUGCUGACGGAUUCCAUCUCCAAAGAGGACAGUUGCUGGGAACUCCGCUUACGCUGUGCGCUCAGCCUUUUCCUCAUGGCCGUGAACAUCAAAACACCAGUGGUCGUUGAGAAUAUCACCCUCAUGUGCCUUCGGAUCUUACAGAAGCUGAUUAAACCACCGGCCCCAACCAGCAAGAAGAAUAAGGAUGUCCCUGUCGAGGCCCUCACCACGGUGAAGCCAUACUGCAAUGAGAUCCAUGCCCAGGCACAACUUUGGCUCAAGAGAGAUCCCAAGGCAUCUUACGAAGCCUGGAAGAAGUGUCUGCCUAUCCGAGGUGUAGAUGGCAACGGGAAGUCUCCCAGCAAGUCAGAGCUCCACCGUCUCUACUUGACCGAGAAGUACGUGUGGCGAUGGAAGCAGUUCCUGAGCCGGCGGGGAAAGAGGACCACCCCUCUUGACCUCAAGCUGGGUCACAACAACUGGCUGCGGCAGGUACUCUUUACCCCAGCAACGCAGGCGGCACGGCAGGCAGCGUGUACCAUCGUGGAAGCUCUUGCUACUGUUCCCAGCCGCAAGCAGCAGGUCCUUGACCUCCUCACCAGUUACCUGGACGAGCUAAGUGUAGCUGGGGAGUGUGCUGCAGAGUACCUGGCUCUCUACCAGAAGCUCAUCGCCUCAUGUCACUGGAAAGUCUACCUGGCUGCUCGGGGAGUCCUGCCCUAUGUGGGCAACCUCAUCACCAAGGAAAUUGCCCGCUUGCUGGCCUUGGAGGAGGCCACCCUGAGCACAGACCUGCAGCAGGGCUAUGCCCUCAAAAGUCUCACAGGCCUUCUCUCCUCCUUUGUAGAGGUGGAGUCCAUCAAAAGGCAUUUUAAGAGCCGCCUGGUAGGCACUGUGCUGAAUGGGUACCUGUGCUUGCGGAAGCUAGUGCUGCAGAGGACCAAGCUUAUUGACGAGACGCAAGACAUGCUGUUGGAGAUGCUGGAGGACAUGACCACAGGUACAGAGUCUGAAACCAAGGCCUUCAUGGCUGUGUGCAUUGAGACAGCCAAGCGCUACAAUCUGGAUGACUACCGGACUCCUGUGUUCAUCUUUGAGAGGCUGUGCAGCAUCAUCUACCCCGAGGAGAAUGAAGUCACCGAGUUCUUUGUGACCCUGGAGAAGGAUCCCCAGCAAGAGGACUUUCUACAGGGCAGGAUGCCCGGAAACCCGUAUAGCAGCAAUGAGCCAGGCAUUGGGCCUCUUAUGAGGGACAUAAAGAACAAGAUUUGCCAGGACUGUGACCUGGUGGCUCUUCUGGAGGAUGACAGUGGGAUGGAGCUGUUAGUGAACAAUAAAAUUAUCAGCCUGGACCUUCCUGUGGCCGAGGUUUACAAGAAGGUCUGGUGUACCACGAAUGAGGGAGAGCCCAUGAGGAUUGUUUAUCGAAUGCGGGGGCUACUGGGUGAUGCCACUGAGGAGUUCAUUGAGUCCCUGGACUCCACCACAGAUGAAGAAGAAGAUGAGGAAGAAGUAUACAAGAUGGCCAGUGUGAUGGCCCAAUGUGGAGGUCUGGAAUGCAUGCUUAACAGACUGGCGGGAAUCAAAGACUUUAAGCAGGGACGACACCUUCUAACAGUGCUGCUGAAGCUGUUUAGUUACUGCGUAAAGGUUAAAGUCAACCGACAGCAGCUGGUCAAGCUGGAGAUGAACACUCUGAAUGUCAUGCUGGGGACUUUAAACUUGGCUCUGGUGGCUGAACAAGAGAGCAAGGACAGUGGAGGAGCAGCUGUGGCUGAGCAAGUGCUGAGCAUCAUGGAGAUCAUUCUAGAUGAGUCCAAUGCAGAGCCCCUGAGUGAGGACAAGGGCAACCUCCUCCUCACGGGUGACAAGGAUCAACUGGUGAUGCUCCUGGACCAGAUCAAUAGCACCUUUGUUCGCUCCAACCCCAGUGUACUCCAGGGCCUGCUGCGUAUCAUCCCAUACCUGUCCUUCGGAGAGGUGGAGAAGAUGCAGAUCCUGGUGGAACGGUUCAAGCCAUACUGUAGCUUCGAUAAGUAUGAUGAAGACCACAGUGGGGAUGACAAAGUCUUCCUGGAUUGUUUCUGCAAAAUUGCUGCCGGUAUCAAAAACAAUAGCAAUGGGCACCAGCUGAAGGAUCUCAUCUUGCAGAAGGGAAUCACCCAGAAUGCUCUAGACUACAUGAAAAAGCAUAUCCCCAGUGCCAAAAAUUUGGAUGCUGACAUCUGGAAAAAGUUUUUGUCUCGCCCUGCUCUGCCAUUUAUUUUGAGGCUUCUUCGGGGAUUGGCCAUGCAGCACCCUGCCACCCAGGUUCUGAUUGGAACCGACUCCAUCACAAACCUGCAUAAACUAGAGCAGGUGUCCAGUGACGAGGGCAUUGGUACCCUGGCUGAGAACCUGCUGGAGGCCCUGAGAGAACACCCUGAUGUGAACAAGAAGAUUGAUGCAGCCCGCAGGGAGACCCGAGCAGAGAAGAAGCGCAUGGCCAUGGCCAUGAGGCAGAAGGCUCUGGGCACUCUGGGCAUGACGACAAACGAGAAGGGCCAGGUGGUGACCAAGACUGCACUCCUGAAGCAGAUGGAAGAGCUGAUAGAGGAGCCGGGCCUCACCUGCUGCAUCUGCAGGGAGGGGUACAAAUUCCAGCCCACAAAGGUCUUAGGCAUUUACACCUUCACCAAACGGGUAGCUUUGGAGGAGAUGGAGAACAAGCCCCGGAAACAGCAGGGCUACAGUACUGUGUCCCAUUUCAACAUUGUGCAUUACGACUGUCACCUAGCUGCUGUCAGAUUGGCUAGAGGCCGAGAAGAGUGGGAGAGUGCUGCCCUACAGAAUGCCAACACGAAGUGCAAUGGUCUCCUUCCAGUCUGGGGCCCCCAUGUCCCUGAAUCAGCUUUUGCCACUUGCUUAGCAAGGCAUAACACUUACCUCCAGGAAUGUACGGGCCAGCGGGAACCCACGUACCAGCUCAACAUCCAUGACAUCAAGCUGCUCUUCCUGCGCUUUGCCAUGGAGCAGUCAUUCAGUGCAGACACUGGUGGGGGCGGCCGGGAGAGCAACAUCCACCUGAUCCCAUACAUCAUUCACACCGUGCUUUACGUCCUGAACACAACUCGAGCAACAUCCCGGGAGGAAAAGAACCUGCAAGGCUUCCUGGAGCAGCCCAAGGAGAAGUGGGUAGAGAGUGCCUUCGAUGUAGACGGGCCCCACUACUUCACCAUCCUGGCCCUGCAUGUUCUACCCCCUGAGCAGUGGAGAGCCACUCGUGUGGAGAUCCUACGCAGGCUGCUGGUAGCCUCGCAUGCCCGGGCAGUGGCUCCAGGAGGAGCCACCAGGCUAACAGAUAAGGCAGUGAAGGACUAUUCUGCCUACCGUUCUUCCCUGCUCUUCUGGGCUCUUGUUGAUCUCAUUUACAACAUGUUUAAGAAGGUGCCCACCAGUAACACGGAGGGCGGCUGGUCCUGCUCUCUGGCCGAGUACAUCCGCCACAAUGACAUGCCCAUCUAUGAAGCUGCCGACAAAGCCCUGAAAACCUUCCAGGAGGAGUUCAUGCCAGUGGAGACCUUCUCAGAGUUCCUCGAUGCAGCAGGUCUCCUGUCUGAAGUCACCGAUGCAGAGGGCUUCCUAAAGGACCUAUUAAACUCAAUCCCCUGACCACCCCCACGGGAGUGAGGUCCCGGUGACGAGAUUGAAGCUAGCUUGCCUUCCUCCCUCGUUCCUCCCUCCGUGUGCAUUCAUUUCCCCACAGAUGCUGCAUUAGCACCCCCUCCUCCCUCAUUUUUCUCGGAGUGACUUGGGGUUUGUAGGUUUCCUGCUCUAUCUAUCACGUGUGUAUGCGGCGUGGGCUAUGAAUUGUUUGUAGCCCAAGCCAUUGAAGGACCUAUACAUACCUAGGGGCUGUGAGUUGUCCUGGCCAGCUUGAGUGUGCACAUCUUGAAAUAAAUGAAUGACUUAGUACACAUUGGAAA